CGCCUUUAAGCAAGCGCAAAAAAGAUUCCCAGCCCUUUUUUUCCCACCUUCUCUCCAACACCUUCCUGCUCUUCAAUUUUACUUCAGGUUGUUCCUUCCACACACACCGCAAUCAUGAGCGAAGAAGUCUACGAGGGUGCUAUCGGCAUCGAUCUUGGCACUACCUACUCUUGCGUUGCCAACUACGAAGGCACCAAUGUUGAGAUCAUUGCCAACGAGCAGGGUAGCUUCACCACUCCCUCGUUCGUGUCCUUCACCUCAGAGGAGCGUCUUAUCGGUGAGGCGGCCAAGAACCAGGCUGCUAUGAACCCCGAGAACACUGUCUUCGAUGUCAAGCGUCUCAUUGGUCGCCGAUUCGAGGACGAGACCGUCACAAAGGACAUCAAGUCAUGGCCAUUCAAGGUCGUUGACCAGAACGGCAGCCCCAUUGUCGAGGUCGAGUACCUCGGUGAGAAGAAGCAGUUCUCUCCUCAGGAGAUCUCUGCUAUGGUUCUUGUCAAGAUGAAGGAGGUCGCUGAGACUAAGCUCGGUAAGAAGGUCGAGAAGGCCGUCAUCACUGUGCCUGCUUACUUCAACGACAACCAGCGUCAGGCUACCAAGGACGCUGGUGCCAUUGCUGGCCUCAACGUUCUCCGUAUCAUCAACGAGCCCACCGCCGCUGCUAUUGCUUACGGUCUUGGUGCCGGUAAGUCCGACAAGGAGAGGAACGUUCUCAUCUACGAUCUCGGUGGUGGUACUUUCGAUGUGUCUCUUCUGCACAUUCAGGGUGGUGUCUUCACUGUCAAGGCUACUGCCGGAGACACACAUUUGGGCGGUCAAGACUUCGAUACAAACCUCCUUGAUCACUUCAAGAAGGAGUUCACUAAGAAGACCAAGAAGGACAUCAGCGGUGAUGCCCGUGCUCUUCGCCGUCUCCGAACUGCUUGCGAGCGUGCCAAGCGUACUCUCUCCAACGCCACCCAGACUACCGUUGAGAUCGAUUCUCUCUUCGAUGGCGAGGACUUCAAUGCGAACAUUACACGCGCCCGUUUUGAGGACCUGAACCAGAAGGCCUUCGCUGGCACUCUGGACCCCGUUGCCCAGGUUCUCAAGGACGCCAACAUCGCCAAGGACAAGGUCGACGAGAUCGUUCUCGUUGGUGGUUCUACCCGUAUUCCCAAGAUUCAGAAGCUCCUCAGCGACUUCUUCAACGGCAAGAAGCUCGAGAAGAGCAUCAACCCCGAUGAGGCCGUUGCCUACGGUGCCGCCGUCCAGGCCGGUAUCCUUUCUGGAAAGGCUACCUCCGCCGACACCGCUGACCUCCUCCUUCUCGAUGUCGUUCCCCUCUCCCUUGGUGUCGCCAUGGAGGGUAACAUUUUCGCUCCCGUCGUUCCCCGUGGCCAGACUGUUCCUACUAUCAAGAAGAGGACUUUCACCACUGUUGCCGACAACCAGCAGACCGUCCAGUUCCCUGUCUUCCAGGGUGAGCGUGUCAACUGCGAGGACAACACCUCCUUGGGCGAGUUUACUCUUGCACCAAUCCCUCCGAUGAGGGCCGGAGAGGCUGUUCUUGAGGUUGUUUUCGAGGUCGAUGUCAACGGUAUCCUGAAGGUCACUGCCACCGAGAAGACCUCCGGCCGCAGCGCCAACAUCACCAUCUCCAACGCCGUUGGCAAGCUCUCGUCAACUGACAUCGAGAACAUGAUCAACGACGCCCAGAAGUUCAAGACCAGCGACGAGGCUUUCAGCAAGAAGUUCGAGUCCAGGCAACAGCUCGAGUCCUACAUCUCCCGUGUCGAGGAGAUGGUCUCUGACCCCACCACCUCUAUCCGUCUUAAGCGUGGUCAGAAGGAGAAGAUUGAGUCUGCUCUCUCUGAUGCCAUGGCCCAACUCGAGGUUGAGGAUGCCUCCGCUGAGGACCUGAAGAAGAAAGAGCUUGCGCUCAAGCGCACUGUCACCAAGGCUUUCUCUACCCGAUAAGCGUAUCAUGUAUGAGGAGUGCCACAUGGGUUGGCGGGUAGGAAGUAAGGGCGCAGGUGCAGAAUACCCAGACUGCAAGCUGUGAACGGAGUUUCAUCUAUUGCGGCUUUUAACGAUAGACUUGGUGUGUUUAGUUCCUUCUUCUUUCAUGGGUUCCCGUUUCCGGCAUUCGUGGAACGUGAAAAAAAAGUCUUCUUUAUGCUUUUACGACGAUGCCUGACGAAACGAUCGUAACGGAUGUUCUGCAAAAGUAUGCCUGGCGGUCAACGUCUCUUAUGUAGUUCACGAGGUAGAUGCACGGAGAGAGGAAAGGAAAUUGAAAUGAAUUUGUUAAAUUUGGCCU